GGGUUCCCCCCCCCCAAUGCAACCUACUGUGCCCCCCUCAGUUCCUGGCAAGGUUCCGGUGGGUACUGCUGUGAGAAAGCGUCGGUUCCGUACCCCCCCCUCCCAGGCCGGUGUGACACCCCCUCCCUUCCAGGCUGCGCAGCUGAGGGAAGGCGCGCCAUUUUGUGCCGAGUCGCUCCUCCCCCUUCCAGCAUCCUGCACGGCCGGGAACCGAGGAACCGCCACCGCCUCCCCCCAGCUGGAUCCAGUGGCCGAGCCCGCACAGUGCCGACAAGCAGCAGUAGCAGCAGCAGUAACACAAGGAGGAGGGCAGGGGAGAUAGGAGGAGGGAGAUGCCGCUGACAGUGCUGGGGAGCAGGAUCCCCCAGGCUCUCUGAUUUUGUCUCUGCGCUUCAUGGACUGGGCUCUCUGACCCCCCAGUGGGCCGCUCUGUGUGACCGGGGGGCUCCCAUGGGAUUGGCCUAGAAGAGGGGACAAGAGACAGUGUUGUGGUUUGCUGCUGGGCUCUCCCCUCCAUUCCCAGGAUAUGAGACUUGAAAGAGGACGAUGCAUACAGGGCCAAGUAUUGAUGAACUCGCCAUGGCAACUCCUACAUUUAUUUCCCACCUGAUGAUUGGAGGAGAGACUUCAGCAUGCAAACCAUCAUCUGUCCGGCUUGCACCAUCCUUUUCAUUCCAUGCUGCCGGCCUUCAGAUGGCUGGACAAAUGUCCCAUUCACAUCAGCAGUACAGUGACCGCCGUCAGCAGAACCUAAACGACCAACAAGCAUCUGCCUUACCGUAUAAUGACCAGAUUCAGCAACCGUUGCCCAACCAGCGGCGGAUGCCACAAACAUUUCGUGAUCCGGCCACAGCACCAUUAAGAAAACUGUCAGUCGACUUGAUCAAAACAUACAAACAUAUUAAUGAGGUCUACUAUGCAAAAAAGAAACGGCGGCAUCAGCAAGGACAAGGGGAUGACUCCAGUCACAAGAAGGAGAGGAAGGUUUACAACGAUGGCUAUGAUGAUGACAACUACGACUAUAUCGUUAAGAAUGGGGAAAAAUGGAUGGAUAGAUAUGAAAUCGAUUCUUUAAUUGGCAAAGGUUCAUUCGGCCAGGUUGUAAAGGCAUAUGAUCGCGCGGAGCAAGAGUGGGUGGCAAUUAAAAUCAUAAAGAACAAGAAAGCUUUCCUAAACCAAGCCCAAAUUGAAGUACGGCUUCUCGAGCUGAUGAACAAACAUGACACGGAAAUGAAGUACUAUAUUGUGCAUUUGAAGCGGCAUUUUAUGUUCAGAAACCACCUUUGUUUAGUGUUCGAAAUGCUCUCGUACAACCUCUACGACUUACUGCGCAACACCAAUUUCCGCGGCGUUUCGCUCAACCUGACACGAAAGUUUGCACAGCAGAUGUGCACUGCACUACUCUUCCUGGCGACUCCAGAACUUAGUAUCAUUCACUGUGACCUGAAGCCUGAGAAUAUCUUGCUUUGUAACCCAAAACGAAGCGCCAUUAAGAUUGUGGACUUUGGAAGCUCGUGCCAGCUAGGGCAGAGGAUAUACCAGUAUAUUCAGAGUCGCUUCUACCGGUCUCCUGAGGUUUUACUAGGAAUGCCUUAUGACCUUGCAAUUGACAUGUGGUCCCUUGGCUGCAUUUUGGUAGAAAUGCACACUGGGGAGCCCCUCUUCAGUGGAGCCAAUGAGGUUGAUCAAAUGAGUAAAAUUGUGGAAGUUUUAGGAAUACCACCUGCUCACAUCCUUGACCAAGCACCAAAAGCUAGAAAGUUCUUUGAGAAGAUGCCAGAAGGCACUUGGAACUUAAAGAAGACCAAAGAUGGAAAAAAGGAGUACAAACCACCGGGAACCCGAAAACUUCACAACCUACUUGGAGUAGAAACUGGAGGACCAGGUGGCCGCCGAGGCGGGGAAUCAGGUCAUACUGUAGCGGACUACUUGAAGUUUAAAGACCUCAUUUUAAGGAUGUUGGAUUAUGAUGCCAAGACCCGUAUCCAACCCUAUUAUGCUCUGCAACAUAGUUUCUUUAAGAAAACUGCUGACGAAGGUACAAACACGAGUAACAGUGUAUCAACGAGUCCAGCAAUGGAGCAGUCCCAGUCAUCAGGAACCACCUCUAGCACAUCUUCUAGCUCGGGUGGCUCGUCUGGUACAAGCAACAGUGGAAGAGCAAGGUCUGACCCUACUCAUCAACAUCGACACAGUGGUGGCCAUUUCACAGCUGCUGUUCAGGCUAUGGAUUGUGAGACGCACAGUCCUCAGGUUCGACAACAGUUUCCUCCUGGUUGGACCGUCCCUGAAGCCCCUACGCAGGUCACCAUUGAAACACACCCUGUCCAAGAAACAACAUUUCAUGUCCCCCCUUCCCAGCAAAAUGUACCGCAUCACCAUGGGAAUGGCUCCCACCACCAUCACCACCACCAUCAUCACCACCACGGACAGCAUGUCUUGAGUAACAGGACGAGGACCAGGAUCUACAAUUCUCCAUCAACUAGCUCCUCCACCCAGGAUUCUAUGGAUGUCGGUCACAGCCACCACUCCAUGACAUCCUUGUCUUCCUCAACUACUUCUUCCUCAACAUCUUCCUCUUCUACUGGCAACCAAGGCAAUCAGGCCUACCAGAAUCGUCCUGUGGCUGCUAACACCUUGGACUUUGGACAGAAUGGAACUAUGGAUGUUAAUUUAACUGCCUUUUCAAACCCUCGCCAAGAGACUGGCAUCACUGGACAUCCAGAUUACCAAUAUUCUGCAAAUACAGGCCCCGGCCACUACGUAACGGAAGGACACUUAACGAUGAGGCAAGGGAUGGACCGAGAAGACUCUCCCAUGACAGGAGUUUGUGUUCAGCAGAGUCCUGUGGCAAGCUCGUGACUAAAUUCAAUCUAGGUUUGUUUGGUUUUUUUUUUUUUUGUGUGUGGGUUUGUUUUCUCUCUUUUUUUUUAUUUUUUUUUAUUUUUCCUUUUGUUUUAUUUGUUUUUAGAAGUUUUUUUUUUUCCAAGAAAAAAAAACUAAAAAAAAAAAAAAAACAAAAGCAAAAACAAAAAAAAAAGUGCAAAAGCUGCUUUAAUCAGAAGGAGAUAAACACACUUAAACCGCUACAACAGGGAAAAGCUGACUAUUUUUUUAAACUUGAAAAAAAAAAACAAAAACAAAACGAUUGCAAAGGGACAAUGAAGUGAAACGAUUUUUAUUUUUUUAACGAGCUGUUUCCAAACACACCUUAUUGGAUAGCUCCGAGGUAAUUUCCUCUCCCUUUUGCUUCCCAACCCCCGCCCCACCCUUCCCCACCCAUUAAACUCUGUACACUCGUAUCAUAAUAAUUUUAUAAAAUGAUAUAUAUAUGUAUUUGUAUAUACAUAUAUAUUUAUAUAUUUUAACCAUAGUAAGUUAUACUGAACAUAGUCAGUUGCCAACAUGAUAAAAAGCAACAUUAUCAAAAACAAACAAAAAAAUGCACCUCUUUGGGUCCCCUCGGGGGGGCUUAAUGGUCCAUCGAAACUUGGGCACAGAUAUGCAGUACUGUAAGAGAGAGGAACCUUCGACCUCCUAAACACACAAACCAUAGUCAAAGGGACGGGUGUCACACACAGUCAACUUGCUAAGAUGGCGGUCAACGUGCUAAGAUGGCGGUCAACGUGCUAAGAUGGCAGUCAACGUGCUAAGAUGGCGGUCAUCAGAAUCUCCUGUCCUGAAUCUGGGAAACAAAGCAGCCGUUAAAAAUGGAUCUUAUCGUUUUAUUUUUGUUUGUUUUUUUGUGGGAGACAGCUCGAUCUUAAGGUGCACUGAGAAGCAAUCAACAGGCCAGACAUGGCCGCUCCUUGGGGAGGUCUGAGUCGGCGGUCUUUGGGAUAACCUUUGGCCUUAUGGAUUUGGACUCUUGAGUUCGAAGAGCCUGCCAUUUCAGAUGCAAUCACUUUGGGACGCGCUUUUCGUAGACGGUCCUUCAUACUGAAAAUCCAGAAUGGGGUUCAUUCAAGAGGCCUUUCUUUUCACAUAGACUGGUGUGACCCACUAAUUGUAGAGUUUUUGCCCGGUCACUUUGCGUGUGUGUCAUAAAGCUGACUUCCUUAUUGGCUAAAGGUCACAGUAGUAGUGGUUUGCGUUGGAUGGAAAUAGCUACACCUGUGUCCCAUCCUUUAUUUUUUUAUUUCAGCCCCCUUCAUUUCUUUCAUUUGCUUUUCUCUCCCCCCCCCCCCAUAUCUUUUAUUUUUAUUUUCAGCUCCCCCCCCCCUCCGUUUCUCCGCACGUGGUAUCUCCACUAUUCUGCACAAACAUGUCUUCUGUUCCUUUUGAACAUUUUUAAAAGAAAAAAGAUGCAGAAUUUUAUGUGACUGCUUAUUUUUUUGCCUCACAAUUAUGCUGUGAAUUUUACAAAAAAAAAAUUAUUUUCCUUUUUUUUUUUUUUUUUGAUAAUUUAUUGUACCAAAGCUGUUUUUAUAGCACAUAGAUGUCUGUAACCAAUAAUGUAGCAGUUCUGCACUUUUUGGCACAAGGUGUAAUGGGACAGUUUUUUUGUUUGUUUUGUUUUUGUUUUUUACAAAAAUUCUGGCUGUACUAUUGCUUCAACAAAACUGGAACUGUCGCUGUGCUCUAGUUCAACAUAUACCGAAAUGUCCGUGCCGGAUCUAUUACGCUGUCAUGUUACAGAGUGGCUCGUAGAUAUGUGUUCCGGUUUCCACCACCGAAACCCUAAAGCUCUCAGCCAGCCCCGCCCCUUGCCCCGCCCCUUGUUCCGACACACACAGGUCCGGAAGGGAAGUGGUACCCAAGGUAAAUCUGAAGAUAACGAAGGCUAUUGCUACUGAUGCCUAAUUUUCAGUUCCGCUGCCUUAGUCCAAGAACACGUUUAGCGCUGGCUAAAUAUCAGUACCCGCUAUGCCCUACAAAAAAAAAAUAAAAAAAAAUAUAUAUAUAUAUAAUAAAAUAUUUAUUUUUUAAUACCUAAAUGCUUCUUUACUCUGAGAGAGAAAUACGGGAGGGAAUAGUUGCAGGAGUCUAGCGAUGAUCCUAUACAUCUUGUAAUAUUGCAUUGUCCAUGGAAUUAAAUAUUGGAACGCUAA